AUGUUUCCCGUCACUGGAUCCCUCUCGCCUCUUGAUACCUCUCAUUGCUCGAUGCCAGUCGCCACAUCCCUCUCAUCUCCCCGUCCCUCCGUCUCCCCUCCGACACCGCAUCCCUUCCGUCGACACCACCCUCUAGUCCCUCCCUCUCUCCCGUCGUUCGAUCCCUCCCUCAGUUAUCUCUCCCGUCUCCCUGCUCCUCACCUACCUCCCUCCUUUGAUGCAGAUACCACCUCCCCCACUAGUACCUUCUUCCUGCCAUUCACCUACCUAAUUUUCCUUUCCGGUCGCCCAACUUUCCCCUACCCGCGGCCCUCGCUUCCCUCCCAUCGCCCCCUGCGUCGCCCUCGCUUCUCAUCUCAUCGCCUUCCCCGUCGCCCUCACUUCGUCUGCCUGUCUUCCGUGCUUCCUCUGCCCGUCUUCCUUGCUUCUCCUGCCCGUCGCCCUGAUUUUCCCUGUCCGUCGCUCUCGCUUCCCGCCCCAUCGCCUUACUCGUCGCCCUCGCUUUCCGUCCCCGUCGCCCACGUUUCCCCUCACAUAGCCACAUACCUCCAUACACUUUACCACACGUGCCUUUGCCAUCAACUCGCGCACACACCCGCCCUACUUCCCCCCACCUACCGCCCUCCAUCCUUCCGAAUCCGGGAAAUCUGUCAAACGAAGGCAAUGGUGGCUAACAUGCAGAUUCACCUUCAGAUUCACCUGCAGAUUCACCUUCCUUCCCUCGCUCGCUCUCUUCCUCUCUUCCUCUCCCCCUCUCUCCCUUUCUUCCUCUCUCCCUCGCUCACACUCGUCAAUCCCUCUCUCCUUUCUUCCCGCACCCUCUCCCCUUCCUCCCCUAGCUACAUUUCUAUUCCUUCCCUCUAA